GCGUGCGACGAUAGACGACGCACGGCGAAGCCACCUCGAGUGCGCGCGAAGCGACCGCGUUCGAGCGGCGACGGGGAACGAUACAGGGUGUUGGCCGUGCGGAGACGCUUCCGGGCGCUCGACCCGACGAGGAGGACGUUUCGUAGCAGCGAAACGCGUGCCUGCUGUGUGAAACGAGAGCGCUCGCGGUCCUCGGCGUGAACACGGCGCGAGCGCGUGCCGGAGGACUCCAGCUACUCGCACGGGUGUAGGUGUACGAUCUGCACAGGCAACCACGAUCACGCGACGCCUCGGCUCGUCCCGCUGUGAUUUCCUGUUUCGAUAUUAAUCGACGGUUGAUCCAGCAAGAUCGUCGAUCAAGGAUCGCUGAAUUGGCUCAAGGACUCUCGCUUUCACCCGCUCCGCGUCCGUGAGCGAGUCAGCGCAGCGUUUCCUCGCGUCGGAGGCUCGACGCGACGCGCGCGCACGCAUACGCGGCCCUCGGCCACACCUGCGCGCCCACGAGAGCCGCUCCGCGCGCGUGUCGCACGCGCGAACAUGGCCGCGCGUGGACGACAGCGCGGGUCCGCGGUGGGACGCGCCGCCGUUGUCCGUUGUUGCUCGUGCCUGCUGCUGACGGCUGCCGCCGCGUUUGCCCAGGACUCCAUCUCGUCCGGCAGCCGAUACUACAAUCGCGACGGUGUGUACGUGCCGCAAGAUGUGUCCGGCUAUAGAACCUACGUGUACAAGGACAGGAGGUAUGGCUAUCAGCCCAGCUACCUGGACCCUGUUUACAGAGGACCUACGAGGGCUCCUGAAGAUCGGUACCUUUAUGAAGGUACGACGCCAAGAUUUCCGUUACCAGGAAUAUUGGGCGGUUGGCGCGAAGAUCUUCAAGGAAAAGAAAGACCGGAUUCUAAGCACUUUAGGGACAGAGACGUGCUGGUAAAUACAAAUUAUGGUCAAGUGCAAGGAUUCAAGGUUCAAUUGUAUGACGAUCCCCAUGCGAGGCACAGACCUUGGAACAUAGCGGUGGAAAGAGUCACGAAACUUGUCAAUGUAUUCUUGGGCAUACCUUAUGCCUUACCGCCUACCAGGGAAGGUCGUUUCAAACCUCCCAGGCCUCACAGAGGGUGGCAACUUUUGCAAGCAGUCGAUUGGGGGCCGGCUUGCCCACAACCCAGUGAAUAUACUGGUGCUACCAAAGGUGUGCGAGAUGUCGAUGAAGAUUGCUUGUACCUAAAUAUCUUUACACCCUCGGUUGCUUCUGGACUAGCACACAAGUACGCGGUGAUGUUCUACAUACAUGGCGGCGAGUUCACUCACGGAGCCAGUAACCUGUUCCCGGCUCAUAUAUUGUCCGCGUUUUACAAUGUUGUAGUGGUAUCAAUCAACUAUCGUCUCGGAGCUCUUGGAUUUUUAAGUACCGGCGAUGAGAAUAGCCCUGGCAACUAUGGUAUUCUCGAUCAAGCUAUGGCAUUACGAUGGGUCUACGACAAUAUAGCGGCUUUUAAUGGUAAUCCCGAGGCUAUAACGCUCUUCGGACCAGGUGCUGGAGCAGCCAGCGCAGGAUUAUUAAUGGUCGCGCCUAGAACUCGGCACAUGGUGUCUAAAGUGAUAGCGCAGUCAGGCUCAGCGCUAGCCGAUUGGGCGGUGAUAAUAGACAAGUACCGAGCGCAGAACACAUCGCGAGUCUUCGCGGAGUCGCUAGGUUGCAGCAUAGAGAGCAGUUGGAAACUGGUGCAGUGCCUGAAGGACGGACGCAGUUUCCUCGAGUUGGGCAAUUCCGAAUUGAAACCACAUGUCGGCAUGUUCCCGUGGGCACCUGUGCUAGACUUCAACUUCACGAUACCGGAGGAUACCUGGUACGAGGACUGGAGGAUGUCCGACUGGCACUUUUUCGCGGAGAAACCGGAGGAGAGCAUCAAGGCUCGCAAGUACAGGAAGGAUUUAGCGUACAUGGCCGGCGUCACGACGCAGGAAGCGGCAUUUAUCAUAAAGAACAACGUUACCUUAGCACGAAAUCGGUACAUAAUAGAUUCUGACUUAUUCGAUCAAAAGGUCUGGGAACUAGUUCUUCAGUACAACUACACUCUGAAUCCGCAUGGCGUUUUCGAGGCGAUCAAGUACAUGUACACCUAUUGGCCAGAUCCGAAAAACGUCACGCAUAUACGUGAUCAGUUCAUAAGUCUUCUGUCCGAUUUCCAUUACGUCGCACCGAACGACAAAAUCGCAAAGCUAUUGGUGGAGAGGCACGUGCCGACCUACCUGUACGUCCUAAACACCUCGAUAGAAGCGCUCAAUUCACCGCAAUGGAUGAGAGUGCCUCACGACACGGAGCUUCUUUGGCUAACAGGGGCGCCGUUCAUGGAUGUUGAAUUCUUCCCGCAAAAGUUCAAGCUGAACCGAGACAUGUGGACGGACAAUGAUCGUAACAUGAGCCACUUUUUCAUGCAGGCGUAUUCUAAUUUCGCAACGUACGGAAAUCCGACGCCCUCGCAGAUCUUGGGAUUGCAUUUUGACCUCGCCCGUCACGGGCAAUUGCGCUAUCUCAAUAUCAACACGACGUUCAACAGCUCGAUCCAGAUCAACUAUCGCCAAACGGAGAGCGCCUUUUGGUCUAUGUACUUGCCGACUGUUAUUGGCCACCUCGUUCCCACGUAUCCUCCUGUCACCGAAUAUUGGUGGGAGCCGAAACAACCGCUUCAAAUCGCGUUCUGGUCGAUGUCGACGGCGUGCCUGCUGCUGCUCGUACUUUCCGUGGUGUGCUGCAUGCUUUGGCGUAACGCCAAAAGACAAUCCGAUCACUACUAUAGCGGAGACAUCCUGAUGGUACGAGAGGAUGAGCACUCCGAGGGAAUCGAGAAUUUAACGCGCUCGUCCAAGGAGAAUAUAUAUGAAUAUCGCGAUGUACCGACAGUGAAGUCUAGAAUACCACGUCAAAACGAAGCGAGAUUGCAAGAACGUUUAGCGCACAAUAGGAAGUUCAGCUCUACACCCUCAUUACGAAGCAACUCAAACGUCUCGUUGAAGGACAUGAGGUCGGAAGGUUUCGUUACAAGCUCGCCUAAUGGUCAACCCAAACUAACGAAGACGAUGAGUCAAACCGCACUGCCGAAAGCUAAAAGCAAGACACUUUUAGUACAGGGAGUACCGCAAACGGCCGUCUAAUAGUUAAGUUACCAGUACACAUUGACAACAGUUUUAUUUAUUUUUUUAUACCUAGGUUUUUUUUAAUGUUGGUUUUUUUAAAGGAAAAUCAUACUAUUCGUUCUCACAAAUUUCAUGUCAAUAAAUUAAAUUUAAAGAUACAAAAAAUAAUAUCACAAUUUUGGAAAUUGCAUAACGAAAUGUGAAAGAAUAGUUGAACAUAUGCAUUACAAUUGCAUAUGAAUUAACGUGAUACCACUAGGUAUUUAUUAUAAAUGACAAAAUUCUAUUCACUGUUGAUUAAUAUAUUGUGCAAAUUUGUUUAGCAAUAUUUACUAAAAUGUGAAUAUGUAUCUGCAAAUCAAAACUUAUUUAGUCCCAUUUGUAUUUUAAACGAUGUGAUUGUAGGACAAUGCCAUUUGCAUAUAUAAGAUCAUUAAGUUAAUGAUCGACUUCUAAUAUUUCUUAUUAUAAAAGUAAAAGUAUAAAGCUUUUACGCAAUUAAGCAAUUAAUUUAACACUUGAGGUGAAUACUAUCCGUCCAUAAGAACAAAAUGUUUGUUACACGAAUGAAAAAAAACAUUUAUAUAUUUUAUAUGUAUUGUGUGUAAAUAUCAGAUAUUUUAUAUUACUUUACAAGGUUAAUACACGUUUGUAAAAAAAUUUAAGUGCACUUCGUAAUCGUGCAUUUGUAAGAUAGUGAAACAUUAUUGUAGCAGAUAACAAAGAAAAACGAAGCACAAAAUAAGAAACAUUUUUUAUUUAGGUACUCUACUUUCCUCAUUCGAAAAUGAUCGUGCACACAAUUUUAGUUAUGUAAUUAAGUAUAUGCAUAUAAUAUAUGUAUUAUAUAUUUCUGUGAAUAUUAUACAUUUGUAUUACAUAUAUAUAUAUAUACAAACAUCUGUUAAUAGCAUACUUUAUGUUUAUGAAAUCUAAGUUUAUACUGUAGAAAAAAUUUCAAUGCAACAUUCCCUUCAAUAUAUAAUUCAUACUGUUUAUCAAUUAUUAAUUACAUUGUAUCAAUUAUUAAUUAUAUUGUAUCAAGUGCCUCGUCCGACAUAUACAAAAUAUACCAUGUAUUUGUUACGGGCGAACUAUGCGGUUCAACAUUAGAUUAAGCACAAAUUUACUUCGCAUAUUGCAGCUACACUAGUUACGUUUUAACAUUUUAACGUCGCAAACGUAGCUUUAGUGUUCGAUCUCAUUGCCACUGAAGUUAGGAUGUAAAUGUAAGUCUGACACUUCUGAGAUUAGUGUUACGCACGUUAUCUACAGUAACGUUUGAUAUUUGUAUUUUUACAGAUUACACAAGCACAAUUUAUACCAUGUAAAACAAGUGAUUUAUAAAUGCCUAGAUAUAUAAAUUCCCAAGAUUUUAUAGUAUAAGGAACCCAUAAAACUCUUCUGUUAAUUUCACUACAAGUGUUAUUAAAAUUGCAUUGCAGCAUUUUGCGCA